UAUAAUCACAAGAGAGGACAAAGGAAGAGAUUCUCCAAAAGCUCAACCUUGGCCUCAAAUAUUGAUCAUGGGUAGAAGUCGAGAAAAACCUUCAAAGAUGGAAAUUGAUCUCUCUUUGAAGAUAGAUACAGAUGAUGAGCAUAAUGAAGAAGUAGAUGAGAGAGUGAAAGAGGAUAACGAGGAAGAAAUGGCACAGACUCCAGAUAAUAACAAGGAAUUAGAAGUCCAUGAAGCCACAGCUGGUGAAAUAGAAGACGAUGCAUCAGUGGUAGAAACAUCUUUGCAAGAUAACACAAAAGCAAAAGAGUUAAGUGUCUUACAAAUGGAGAUGGAGAGCAUGAAAGAGGAAAACAAAGUUCUGAGGAAAGUGGUGGAACAAACAAUGAAAGACUAUUAUAAUCUGCAAAUGAAAUUCUCUGCCAUCCAGGAAAACAAUAAAAGAAAGGAUCAUGAAAUUUCUCUCUCACUUCAAGACAUUGCGACCACCAGCGGUGAAGGACCAUCGAGAAUUAAUGAGAUCUUUAACAAACAAAUUCGUCAAAGUGCUCCAUCUCCUCCACACACUACUGAUCAUGAUGAUAGUUUAAGCGAGAGUGAAUUGGGUUUAUCACUAAGGUUGCAACCAAGCACAAGUCAUCAUAAAGAAAGUAAUGUGGGAAAUAACAAUAAGGAAGACAAAAAUGAUCAACAAUUGGCAAGUUUUGCAUCAGUGCAGAACAAACUACAGCGGACACAUGAGUUGCCUGGUAUUACUACCCAUGCUGCUUUCCCUCCUAACAGAAAGGCUAGGGUUUCGGUUAGAGCAAGAUGUGAAGCUGCCACAAUGAAUGAUGGGUGCCAAUGGAGAAAAUAUGGGCAGAAAAUUGCAAAAGGAAAUCCAUGUCCACGAGCCUAUUAUCGUUGCACUGUAGCCCCAGGCUGCCCUGUUAGGAAACAGGUGCAAAGAUGUAUAGAUGACAUGUCCAUACUAAUCACAACCUAUGAAGGGACACAUAACCAUCCACUCCCUGUGGGUGCAACUGCUAUGGCUUCCACAGCUUCUGCAGCAGCUUCCUUCAUGUUGCUAGACUCAAGCAACCCCAUUUCAGAUGGCACCUCAAGCUUCACUCAAGCACCAUUUCCUUACAACACCUUCAACCCUCUAAACCCAGCUUCAAAUUUCAGGAGCAUAAGCCCUAGUGAUCCAUCCAAAGGGAUUGUUCUUGAUCUCACUAGCAACCUCACUGAACCACCCAUACGUUUUUCCACGGGUAGCUCCUCUAAUAUUAAUACUACUACAGAUCCUCGUUUUUCCUGGAUGCAAAACAAAUACCAAGGUGGUGGUGGUGCAAGUGCAAUGAACAACAAUAAUUUUCACAAGCCUAGGGCAUUGGAUAUUCAUGAUAGAAUUUGGAAAGGAGAAGAAAACAAUAAUAAUAAUAAGCCAAUAGAUCAUGACAAUGUAUCCGCAAUUGCCUCAGAUCCUAAAUUUAGAGUUGCUGUUGCUGCGGCCAUAACAUCUCUCAUGAAUAAAGAGAGCCACACUACUCAUCCUAUAGGAACUUCCUUUGGCCCUAGGAGUAGCCAAAAUGGUAGCUAGCUAUAUAUCUCUAGCUAGUAACAGCAAUUGGGUCGUAGAAAUCUAUCUCGGUUAGCUCCACUUGAUUUUUCACCUUGAUGAUAAAAGGAAUAAGUUUGAAGAGAAAAAAAAAGUGAAUGUUAUACGACAAAGUUUACCACAGUAUUCAAUAUUAGACUUAUCAGGUAUUACAUUUUAUAUGUAUCUUCAUAAUAUAAAUAAUCUUAGGGGGGGGGGGGGGUCUUUCUGUUUUCCUUGUAAUUUUUUUUUUUUUUGUUAUUGUUGUUGAUUGCUGUGGAGUAAUUAAGGUUUGCGUGAUUAAUUAGUUGGAUAUGGUCAUAUGGCAUACACGUGAAGGACUUUUAACUAAUGCAGUUAGCCAAGGCUCAAUUAUUAAAGUACUGCAAAUUAAAGCCUUUCUUAAUUAACUGUGUUUUAAGUCUUUUAAUUUAUUGUACUCAUGUGGAAUCAAGUUGAUAGUUAAAGAAA